UCCACUACUUCUACUACUCGCCGCCACCCAAACCCAAAGCAGCAAUUGCAAGAAGCAAAAUCUCUUCUCCUCCUCCUCCUCCUCCUCAUCAUCAUCCUCCUCUCGCCCUUCGACAACGCACCAUAGUUUAACCCAAGCUAGAAGAAGAAGACGAUAGAUAUGAGCACUACUCGCGGCGUCUCCUCCUCUUCUGCUGCUGCUGCUCUUGCGCUGCUUCUCCUCUUCGCCCUCUGCUUCUUCUCCUUCCACUUCGCCGCAGCUGCUCGCGCCGUUCCUCGUGAUGAACACCAAGAGAAUGGCGGUGUCAAGGCAGUAGCAGCAGUUGCAGCUGAUCAGCUUGUGCUCCAGCUGGAAGGUGACACCGGCAAUGGCGACGAGGUCUCCGAGUUGAUGGGAGCAGCUGAGGAGGAAGCAGCAGCAUGCGAGGAGGGGAAGAACAACGACGAGUGCGUGCAGAGGAGGCUGCUCAGCGACGCCCACCUCGACUACAUCUACACGCAGCACAAGAACAAGCCUUGAUCGAUCGAUCCAUCCAUCCAACUACACGCUGAAAUCCAAAGCUAAUACAAGGAAGAUCGAGAUCGAGAUAAAUUAACCAACUCUAUAUGCAUAUCUAUCUAUCCAUCUACCUCUGCAUGCUGUUUUCACUGCAUCGAUCGCUACUGUUCUGCAGUGCCAAUCACUGUCCGUUUCUGUACAAUCUGUGAUACUACUAGCUAGUAGCAGUACAUGGCAUCGUUUUCCUUCAAGUGUUCGUUGGCUUUUACUUAGUCCGGUGAGUGCUUGUGGGUUAUUUCUGACGAGGGAGUGUGAUCAGUACGCGUACUAAUGGUAUUUUGGUUUGUCAUGGCAUGAUGAAAUUAAGCUGUGGUAGCAAUAUAAUGCAUAUAUAUAUUACCUUUGUCUCAUGUCCUUAGUAUGUAGUAGUGGUAAAUAGUACAUAGCAUGAAUAAUAUACUUAUCAAGGAACACUUGUGUUUUGUUUAA